AUGUCAGAUCAAUUGGAGGCAUUUAUAGGAAAUGAUCAUCAAGAUUCCUAUAGAAUAACACCUAUGCAGGAAGUUGAUUUAGCUCUUAAAGAAUGUGGAAUAGGUUGGUUUCAUGUGUUACUACUGACGUCAUCAAUCAUUGGAUUGAUAGCUGGUAUACUAGUGACAAAUACAACACCUUACAUAAUACCAAUAGCUGAAUGUGACUUGAACAUGAGUUUGAUACAAAAGGGAUUGUUAAAUGCAAUGCCAUACAUAGGCAUGACACUGGUAUCAAUUUUGGUUGGUUUCCUAACCGAUACCUUCGGACGGAAAAUAUUUCUGGUCUCUGGUUUUUGUGGACUUUUCCUCUUUGCUGUAGUCGGUGGAUCCAGUCAAAGCUAUAAAGUUCUGGUUAUGGCGAAAUUCUUUGAGGGAGUUUUCGAUCGUCAGUACGGUUUCCGACAGCGUCGCUCAGCUGGUGAUCUUCUUGCGUACCUCACGCAUCGAUGGUCGGAGGCGAUCGAGGGCAAGGGGGAGGCCCUGGCGGUUAGUUUGGACGUGGCCAAGGCCUUUGAUCGGGUAUGGCACAGAGCACUUCUCUCGAAGCUGCCUUCCUACGGGCUACCCGAGAAACUACGCGCCUGGAUUGCCAGCUUUUUGGAGGGUCGAAGCAUCAAAGUCGUUGUCGACGGUGCAUGCUCGGACCCCAAACCAAUUAAUGCUGGUGUCCCACAGGGCUGUGUACUGUCGCCCACCCUGUUUCUUCUGCAUAUCAAUGACAUGCUGCAAAUUAGCAACAUCCAUUGUUAUGCAGACGAUAGUACGGGUGAUGCAUUAUUAGCAAUGUCGUUCGGUCCAAACUUGACGAUGACUUCCGAGUUUUGCUACAAGGAGAUUAGAGACCGGGUGAUAUUGUUCAGAUCUUCGUUCAAAGCGGUCGCUCAGAUUAUAGUUGCAGCGAUGUCUUGGGGCAUACUCUCACAUGAUUGGAACUUAAUUUUAUUUAAUGGAUAUAUAAAUCUUCAUAUUUGGAAUAUUUACCUUUACUUGAUGUCUAUCUGGUCAUUGCUUUCAUUUGUUUUAUAUCUAGUUCUACCCGAAAGUCCGAAAUUUUAUAUAACCCAAAAUAAAUUCACGGAAGCAAAACACGUGAUAUUUAAAAUAUAUACAAUGAAUACAGGAAAACCUGCUGAAACUUUCACGUAUUUCAACUUAUGGAAGAAUAAAGAAAACGAAAUCAUAGACCAAGAGCCAAAGACAAAAGUGGAGACUUUUAAGCAACAAUUGUUAACUGGACUCAAUAACGUGAAGCCGAUGUUUAAAAAACCAUUGGUUAGUUAUCUCGUUUUAAUAUCUGCUAUGAACUUCUUAAGCUUGGGUUUUUACAACAUAAUAAGGUUGUGGUUCCCGCAGCUGUCAACCAUUGUCGAACAUUACAGUAAUUUUAAUGGUGAUAAUAAUUUGUGUGAUCUAUUAGAUACGUAUAUACAUAAUUUGAAUACGAAAAGAGUUAAUACAACAUUAUCUGAAGUUUGUGUACCGACACGCAGUGGCGAUGAAACAUACAUCAACAGUAUGAUUUUAGGUUGCGUUUGUAUUAUACCGUUUGUAUUAAGCGGUAUUCUAGUGAACAAAGUUGGUAAGAAGAAUUUGUUCAUAGCCGGUGGUCUUAUAUGCAUUGGUGUUACUUUGGGUAUAAGAUGGGCGAACUCGAAAUUUGCUGUGGUCGCAUUAUUCUCUGUAGAUGUCGCGGUAUUACAAACUUUGACAGGUUUAUACCAAGCUUCAACAGUUGAACUAUUUCCAACAAGAAUGAAAACUCUUGCUAUCGCCGUCAUCAUGACUUUGGGACGUAUUGGUACACUUAUGGGCAAUGUGGCAUUCCCUAUACUUCUCAACAUGGGCUGUGUUGUACCUUUCUACUCUCUAACUUCUGUGAUGAUAUGUGUAACAGCAAUGGCCCUUUUUCUUCCAAAAUCAUAAAAAAUUAUAAUUUCGAUAUACGAGCAAGCAGCCAUCUUUAUUCGUCGAAAUAACGAAGUAACCGCUGUCCAU